CGGGCGCCGGAAGUGGGUGGUGGAGCCGCAGGGUGUGUGUGCGUGUGAGGGAGCGCAGCGGCUGCCGCGCUCGGAGCCUUCCGACCCGCCCGGCCCCGUGUUCCCGGUGUGAGCCGCCGCUGCCAGGAAUAACAAUGGAUAAAAGUGAGCUGGUACAGAAAGCCAAACUGGCUGAACAGGCCGAGCGCUAUGAUGAUAUGGCUGCUGCAAUGAAGGCUGUUACUGAGCAAGGACAUGAACUCUCCAAUGAGGAAAGGAAUCUACUGUCUGUUGCCUAUAAGAACGUGGUUGGUGCCCGUCGGUCUUCUUGGCGUGUCAUUUCCAGCAUUGAACAGAAAACAGAGAGGAAUGAGAAGAAACAGCAGAUGGGAAGAGAGUAUCGUGAGAAAAUCGAGGCUGAAUUGCAGGAUAUCUGCAAUGAUGUUCUGGAACUGCUUGAUAAGUAUCUUAUUGUUAAUGCCACACAGCCAGAAAGCAAGGUUUUCUAUUUGAAAAUGAAAGGUGAUUACUACAGAUACCUUUCAGAGGUGGCAUCUGGGGACAAUAAGCAAACAACAGUUGCAAAUUCUCAGCAGGCUUACCAGGAAGCAUUUGAAAUUAGCAAGAAAGAGAUGCAGCCAACACAUCCCAUUCGACUUGGUUUGGCUCUUAAUUUCUCUGUCUUUUACUAUGAGAUAUUAAAUUCUCCUGAAAAAGCCUGUAGUUUAGCAAAAACGGCAUUUGAUGAAGCGAUAGCUGAGCUGGACACAUUGAAUGAAGAGUCUUACAAAGACAGCACUCUGAUCAUGCAACUACUUAGGGACAACCUUACUCUAUGGACAUCGGAAAACCAGGGAGAUGAAGGGGAUGCUGGGGAGGGAGAGAACUAAUGGCUGUCACGCUUCACUAUAUGUUCAAUGUCACUCUGUAUCCUACACAUAUAUCCCUUUGUGCGACAAGCAAAAAGAAUAGUACAUCGACUUUCACAACCUCAACGUAGCAAAAACUGUCUGUGGGGUAAAAACAGUUGGUUGGUGUUUUGUGUGUUUUAAAAUGAAGACCAGUUAUACAAUGGCAUUCUGAACUUUCCUAUAAUGAACAUUUGCAGUUAUGAUUACCGUGUUUAUAUUUUUAACUGAACACUGUGAUUAUGGGUUUUGUGACUGCAGUUGACUUUACAAAACUCUUACUGGUAGAAAAGUAGACAUUUAAUUAUGUAACUCUGGAAACUUAAUCUGGCACUAAAAUAGUCGAAGUACAAUUCUGUUGUAAAGUUGUACAGAAAGUUAUAGAGAUUAUAUUGUGACACUGGGGCAUGGAAGGAAAACAAUCCAUUGUAUGGCAUUCCAGUUCAGCAACACCGCUACGAAUUAGUUUAACAGGCACACUCUCUAGAUAUUUUUAACCAAGUUUGAGGCACUGCUUUCAGUCAAUAGCUUGCUUUAAGUGAACCUUACUUUUUCUGGGGCUUUGAUUUUUGGAGGAGGAGGGAGUAGAACACCUUGAUUUCCAAAUUCUUUACACUGGCAAAUAACUGGGGUUUGAACAACUGUUUAGUGCUCAGACAAUGUGCAUUACUAAGCCCCUUCCUAGAGCAAUAAUUUACCUAUUUACAAUGUAGAUUAUUCUUUAGUAGUGAGAUUUCUCGGUUCACUACCAUGGAAUUCGAAAAGGCAAAGAUUCAAUUUUAUGCAUGGCCAUAUUAGUUUGAAUAAUACCAUUAAGUGAAA